AAGAGUUCCUGUUCAUUGUCUAAAGGUUUAUUUAUGGUAGACGGCUUCACAAAAACAAACAUAAAAAUAAUGCCACAUCGGUUUCAGUUUUCUCUGACUUGUCAAGUGAUUGUCAGAGAUUUUACGAAAAUGAUUUGUGUAAUUUUUCAGCACUUUUUGUUGUCUUGUCUUUGUCUUGGUAUGUUUGAUGUCGAGUCACAUGAAGUGUCAGUAAAGGUAGGAGAUUCUAUCAUUUUAAACACUGAUCUUACUCAUAAACAGCUUGAGGAAGAGGUCGAGUGGAGGUUUGGAGGUACUCGCAUAGCUAAAGCAGCUGGGGACAUUCCUACAUAUGAUAACGAGAGAUUCAGAGACCGACUAAAGCUGGACAAAAAUGGAUCUCUCACCAUCACUGACACCAGAACCACAGACUCCGGAGUCUAUACAUUUAGUACAUUUAUCAGAAAUAAGGAGUCAACCAAGAUCUUCAGUGUUAUUGUUUAUGCUCCACUGUCCAUUCCUGUCGUUACCAGUGACAUUUCACAGUGUUCAUCAGACUCAAAAUGUGUGCUGCUGUGUUCAGUGAUGGAUGUGACCAGGGCAAAUCUCUCCUGGUACAAAGGAAAUAGUUUAUUGUGCAGCAUCAGUGUGUCUGAGGUCAGCAUCAAUCACUCUCUACCUCUCGAGGUGGAAUAUCAAGAUAAAAACACCUACAGCUGUGUGAUCAACAAUCCCAUCAGCAACCAGACCAAACACGUCUGCAUUACCGAUCUCUGUCGCUUGUGUUCAGACGGAGUUCAUUACUGUGGAGGAACUGAAGCUGUGAUAAGAUUGGUUGUUACUGCGUUGGUGGGUCUGGCUGCCAUAGCUGCUAUCAUUGUGCUGGUUCAUGACAUCAAAUCCAGAAGAACUGAACAGGAGAGCCAUCAAGCCCUCAAUGAUGGAUCAGAUCAGAUCAGUGUGUUUGGUGUUGAUGAAGUGAAGCCGGUGUCUGUGAUGGAAAGAGAUUCUGUUAUUUUAAACCCUGAGCUUACUGACAUAGAGAGUGAUGAAGAGAUUGAGUGGAGGUUCGAAAAUAUUCGCAUAGCUAAAGUGAACAAGGGCAUUCCUACAUAUGAUAAUGAUAGGAGAUUCAAAGACAGACUGAAGCUGGAUCAGACAGGAUUGCUGGCCAUCAUAAACACCAGAACCACAGACUCUGGACUUUAUCAACUGAGCACCUUUAUUAGGAAUAAGGAGUUAAUCAAGAGAUUCAGUGUUACGAUAUGUGAGAUUCUUGCGGGUGUAGAUGGACAGCUUUGUCAUAGAGAAGAUGAAGGAAAGACAGCUUGA